ACCGAGAGAGUGAAGGAAAAAGAGUCGGAGGACGGACCAUGGAGGGAGAAAGCUGGAUGUAGGAGCUAGUAUUGCUGCUUUAGGGCACUUUUUCAGACUUGUUUUGUGUUCGCCCGAAUAAGUCGAAGUGGCUCAACGUGAAGAAAGCGGACGGAUACUUAACGUGGAUGUAAACCGUCGUAAAUGUGAACAUUCAAACAGGCUGUGACCGCGUACGGUUAGCAAGCCCGACCGAAGUUAGCCCGCUCCGGCUAACUUAGCUGCUGCUGUUAGCAAAGGAGGAAAACAACAAAAAAACAACAACAGGCUGGUGGGGGGAAAAGGAGUUAAAAGUGACGCUGAAGUAACCAGUAAUGUUUCCUCCCGGGAUUAACCUGAGAUACGGAUGAGAAAGAAACUGGCGAGAACAACAGUGAGCCCGACGACCGCUGCCAUGGUGGGGUUGAUCCGCGGCUCCGGGAGCCCGACUCGGUCCCGAGGCUGCUCCCACUCGGUGCUGUGGAGGCUCGGGGGCUUCUUCUUCCUGCUGCUGCUAGAAGGGGCCGGCUGCCUGGCCAACCCCAGCAGUCCUUCAGGCGUCAAUAACAACAACAACAACAGCCCCAGUGUCAACAUAUACAUGAGUGUGGAGGAGGUGAAGAAGCUCCUGGGCCUCGAUGCAGAGCUCUACUAUGUGCGAGACGAUGUGGUGAAUCACUAUGCGUUCUCCUUCAACAUGCCUGUGCCCACGGAGACCAACAGCCUUUACUUUACAUGGUAUUCCAAAGCAAAGGUUGACUACCGGCUUGCAUUCUACAUGGAGAACCCUGUGGUCCUGAACCAACCACGGAUUAACAUCUCCAAUCAGGGGGAGGUGCCCCGUACUCCCUCUGUCUUCAGAGUGGACGUCUUGUGUUCAGGAAAAGUAGAUGAAGAGGCAUUUUUAACAAUGCAGCUCAACCUGACCAUCCAUGCCAACAACUACACAGUGCUCAACUUCAAGAGGAGGAAAAUGUGCUAUAAAAGAAUCGAUUCUGAGACAAAGAUUCCAAUUUCCCUCAGCAAUAACACUCUUCCACGGCCUGACUUAGAUGGUGUGACCACCCCCACCACCUCCACCCAGGUGUUCUAUAUAAGCGUCAGCGUCUGCUGCAUUGUCAUCUUUCUCGUGGCCAUCAUCCUGGCCAUCCUGCACCUCCACAGCAUGAAGAGAGUGGAGAUGGAGGACAGCGUGAGUGACAGUGGGAGCUCGCAGGGUUUGUCUCAGCCAUCCACUCAGACCACACAGUACCUGAGAGCCGACACUCCAAACAACGCAGCACCAGUCACCAACAAUCACCCUGGUUCUGCACCCAUUCUCCAGCUUGCUGCCUCCUCCUUCCAAAACCCUGGUGCUCCCCCCAAUGAAACCAAAAGUUACCCAUCUCUCCGUAUAGAGAAGAACGACCUGAGGAGUGUUACUCUAAUGGAGGCCAAAGCUAAAGUGAAAGACAUUGCAAUCUCAAGGGAGAGAGUCACACUACGGGAUGUUUUACAUGAAGGCACAUUUGGCCGCAUCUUCCACGGUGUGCUGCUGGAUGAAAAGGACCCCAGUAAGGAAAAGCAAGUCUUUGUGAAGACAGUAAAAGAUCACGCCUCUGAGGUGCAGGUGACCAUGAUGUUGACUGAAAGUUGCAAACUUCGUGGACUUCAUCAUCGAAAUCUGUUGCCCAUAAGCCAUGUGUGCAUAGAGGAUGGAGAGAAGCCAAUGGUGCUGUUGCCUUUCAUGGCUUGGGGGAAUCUCAAGCUGUUCCUGCGGCAGUGCAAGCUAGCUGAGGCAAACAACCCACAGGCCAUCUCUCAGCAAGACUUGGUGUACAUGGCCAUUCAGAUCGCAUGCGGAAUGAGCUACCUGGCUCGCAGGGAGGUCAUUCACAAAGACCUCGCCGCGAGGAACUGCGUCAUUGACGACAACAUGCAAGUGAAGAUUACAGACAAUGCCCUCGCUCGAGAUCUAUUUCCUAUGGAUUAUCACUGUCUGGGGGAUAAUGAGAACCGGCCUGUCCGCUGGAUGGCUCUGGAAAGCUUGCUCAACAAUGACUUUUCAAGUGCAAGUGACGUGUGGGCCUUCGGAGUGACACUGUGGGAACUGAUGACUCUGGGUCAGACCCCCUACGUGGACAUCGACCCUUUCGAGAUGUCGGCUUACCUGAAGGAUGGAUACAGAAUAGCACAACCUAUCAACUGUCCAGAUGAACUGUUUGCAGUGAUGGCUUGUUGCUGGGCCUUGGACCCGGAGGAGAGGCCCAAGUUUCAGCAGCUGGUUCAGUGUCUCACAGAGUUUCACGCAGCGUUGGGUGCUUAUGUGUGAAAACAAGCUUCUUUUUUUAAAUUAAGCAGCGAGACUAAAGGCUGUCGGACACUGUUCAUAAGGAAUACAUGGAUGAAAUUGUGCCUUAUCAGAUGCAAGAGCAGACCUGAUGAUUUUAUUUUGUACAGUUCCCUUGGAAUUUUUAUAUAGUUUAAUUACCUUUUUACAGCAUAGCAAAGUAAAAAGAUUCUUUGUUGAAUUUUGUUUCAUUUGCUUUGAAAGCAUCUACGGAGGACGAUGGCAGUGCUCUUCCCUCGCCGAGAGGACCAGAACAAUGGAAAGACGUCCUCAUCUGUGCAGCACGGUGACAUUUACAGACAUUUAUGUGCCAUUGAACAAUUUUUUUUUUUUAAAGAACAAUGUAAGCUUCUGAAAACAACAGUAUUUUCUACAAUUUUGUAAAUUAGUGAAACCGUGUAGAUUUGUUUUUGGAUGAGAGUAACUACAGCAGAAUGAUUUAGGUACCAAAGUAGACUUCAUGUGUACAGUUUAUGUAGCCACCUUCUCGCUCUGCCAUGAGGAGCUCCAGCUCGGUACGAGAGGCAGCUUGGAAACCACAUUUUGUAUUUGUUGAGAUGAUUACUGCCACCUCUUUAAAUGGUACACGGUUUCCUCUGGAUGACACUAACGCUGCCUUCAAAUGGAGCUUGUGAGCUCAUAAUUACGACACGGGAAGUCACCAGAUGCUUGGUGUUCGAGUGGUAACAUCUGAACAGCGCUGCAAGGCGACAUCAACAGGAGGCUGUCUUCUACUGCAGGAACUUGCAGGCUGGUUUAGGGCAACUCAAGCAUUUUUGUAUCUUCUGACCACAAGAACAGCUUCUGUAAAACCUCUUUCAGGAUGGAUUUUAGGCAGAAAAAAAAGCACCUACUCCAAAGUAGCUACAUCUGAGCAGCUUGAAACGCUCUUGUGUGGGGCUCAAUGCUGAUUGUUCAACUCAAAAAGGACAAUGAGCACCAUUUUUUCCCUCUCUUGAUGUUCUAGUAGUAGUCAAGUAGCAGUCUCCUCUUCUCCAACACCAUUAUCACUCAUGUACAUUCCCCAUAAAGGCAAACGUAGAAAACCUGCAAUGCUCUGUUUCUUACAUGCUAAUAGGAUUGAAGUCAUGUCCACUAACUACUAUCUGAGUUAACAUCACAGUUGAAACCCUUGGAUUCUACACCAUAAUGGAAACAGAAAGACAAAUAGGGCUAGUUGCUGUCAGUAAUCAUGCCACCUCAUGCCUGCCCCGAGUUCCUGCAGUGGAAAGCAGUCUAUGGACUUUACCUUCAGUAUCUGGGAGCAACCGAGGCUAACCUUUUAGCAAGCUAACUGGUGGUUUACAAAAUGUUGCAAAAAGGUCAUGAACAUAUAAUGCUCAACAUUUCCCUCAGACGUUAUGAAAUUUCAAAUGAAAAACUCAACUAACGGUACAAUGUUACGUACCAUCCACUGGAAAGUAAACGUCAUGGAACUUGUGAAUACCACAGGAGGGUUCAUAAGGACUCUUCUUACAAACACGACCCCAUUUGAAGGCAGAAUAUAACUCCUACAGAUGAGUGGAGAUGUCACAGCUGGUUUAAAGUCUGCACGAGACGAGUAGAUGCCACAACUCGAACAACACCAGCACUGCAAGGGCUACACCCGUGUAAACCUGAUUUUCAAAUGGCAUCUGGUUUGAAUUUUGGACACUAUUAUGUGAAUGACACCACCUUCUUCCUCUUUUGUACAUUUUACUUUUUUCCACUGUCACAACCUCCCUGAGUUGUUACUUUUCUUAUAAGCUCUAUUGUUCUGCGUCUAUGGCACGCUGUUUUAUCAUUUAAUAGCUCGACUGGAUUGCAGUUGACAUUUCUUAUAUCCACAGCAUCAUUUACAUCCACGUCUCUCUUUACAGAUACGUACAAUUCAGCUGCAGACAUCUACACCUGAAUUAUGAGUUUCAAACGUCUACUCUUUCAGUCUGACCGUUUACAGUUCUAGUUCAAGAUAUUCCCCUCAAUUCACCUAGGUUGUUCUUUUUAAAUAUCUUGAAUUAAAUCUGAACUGGUCAGAGAGACAUUCUGGAUAUUGGGAAUAAAAAUUCUGUCUGGAGCUUUAAUUCCAGAGUGUCAAACUCAGCUAUUAAAUGCUAUUAACCUCGGCUUGUCAUAUGCAUCAGAACUCAGCCCUUUGUAAGACUUUUUGUCUGAUUUUUAUUGUGAGGACACCUGUAAUCACUGUGAACACACACACGACUGCCUACCAGCUUGGUCUAAUCGUACUCUUACACCUUUGACAUCUUUGCGAUGCGUCUUUAUGGUCACUGCAUGUUGAAAUAAGGUUGUAAACUGUUUCCCACAUUCGUAUCCACAAAUUAAAUAGGAUCUUUUGAAUAUA